AUGGGCAAUGCAAGGGCUUUAACAAGGCGGUUGAGAGGAAGGAAGGAAGGAAGGGAGAGAGAGGAGAGAGAGGAGAGAGAGGAGAGGGAGAGAGAGGAGAGGAGAGAGAGAAGGAGAGAGGAGAAGAGGAGGAGAAGAGAGAGGAGCAGAGAGAGGAGAAGAGAGAGGAGAAGAGAGAGGAGAAGAGAGAGGAGAAGAGAGAGAGAAGAGAGAGAGAAGAGAGAGGAGAGAGAGGAGAAGAGAGGAGAAGAGAGAGGAGAAGAGAGAGGAGAAGAAGAGGGAGAGAGAGAGAAGAGAGGAGAAGAGAGAGGAAAGAGAGAGGAGAAGAGAGAGGAGAAGAGAGAGGAGAAGAAGGAGAGAGAGAGAGGAGAAGAGAGAGGAAAGAGAGAGGAGAAGAGAGAGGAGGAGAGAGAGAGGAAGAGAGAGGAGAAGAGAGAGGAGAAGAGAGAGGAGAAGAGAGAGGAGAAGAGAGAGGAGAAGAGAGAGGAGAAGAGAGAGGAGAAGAGAGAGGAGAAGAGAGGAGAGAAGAGAGGAAGAGAGAAGAGAGGGGAAGGGAAGAGGAAGGGAAGAGGAAGGGAAGAGGAAGGGAAGAGGAAGGGAAGAGGAGGGGAAGAGGAAGGAGGAGGAGGGAAGAGAAGAAGGAAGAGAGGGGAAGGGAAGAGGAAGGGAAGAGGAAGGGAAGAGGAAGGGAAGAGGAAGGGAAGAGGAAGGGAAAAGGAAGGGAAGAGGAAGGGAAGAGGAAGGGAAGAGGAAGGGAAAGGAAGAGAGAAGAAGUGA